AUUGUUGUAUAUUUAUGUCUAGAUAUAAUAGACCAUGUGAAAACUAUCUUAUUGGGAUUGGUAUUUUAGUCAAAGAAAAAUACUGAACUGAAGUAUUGAAUUCCAUAUAUGUAAUAUGCAUCUUGCAUAGAAAAAAUAGAUAUAUAAACAAUGGAUAGAUCUACCGCACAGAGCCUGAGAGAAGCUCAUGGAUCCGAAUUUCAACGAUACUGCCUUAAAAAUAGGAUAAAAAUACAAAGGGAUGCAAACGAUUGUUUUUUGGUAUCUGAAGAAGCUGAUGUAAAGCAUUGUUUACAGCUUAAAAAAGAAUAUAAAAAGAAAAUAGACUUAAAAUUAAAAAAAUUGCAGCAUUCGAAGCCACGUCAAAAAUUCAACACUUCAAACCCAGUUUCAGCCACACGUAAGAUAGACGAGACAUGCGAAACCAUAUUCCCGAAGGAUUUAUCGGUAUCCGUUCGCUUAUAUUCUUCGCCAUUAGGCUUCCCAAGUUAUAAAAAUAAUUCAUUGGCCUGCAUGCUCGAUGAAUGUAGAAGCGGUAACGAAUUUUAUGAACAUAUUAUAAAAGAAACAAGAAAGGACAUCGUUAUUGUUGAUUACGAAAUUUCUAUUCCGUUGAUUUCUUCUCUCUUGGAAGAUUUCAAGAAAAGGCACGAAAAAUUUCAUUAUACUAGCGUAUUAAGUCAUGUAGCGCAUGAGAACAAAUGUAAGCAACAAGCAAAUCCGAUAUGCCAAUAUGCGAUCACUAGAGAGAAGUUGAUAUAUUUUCUUGAGCUCGUGUUCUCUAAGGUGGUUCCAUUAGAAAUAUUUGGAAAAUUACGAAACUUGAAGAAGAUUAAACACACUAUGAUUCGUUUAUUGAAUUUACCACAUUUCAAGCUACUCAACGUGAAAACAGUUGUUUCAAAAUUAGAUAUUGCUUGCAUCAAGUGGGUAAGCGGCAUAGAAAACGUAAAGACCAAAUGGUUAAUAUUACUGAAAUUUAUAAGGUGGUUCUUCAUCGGGUUUCUGUUUAAAGUGAUAUACCAAAAUUUCCACAUAACAAUCCACAACAAUACGGAGAGAUUAUUUAUCAUACGCUCAGACUGGAAUCGAAUUCAAAGGAAUUUCUUGCAGAAAAAAAUGCGUACUAAUGCUCUAAAAGUCAAUAAUGUCAGUUCAUCCUGUCUGCCGAUAGGCAUUUACAAAUUAAUUCCCAAGUUCUCCAACGUGCGGCCGAUAUUAAAAACAGAGAAGAGUAAGGAGUUUGUACAGCAGAAAACACUGAUCAUGAAUUUUUUGAAACAGUUAUAUGUGACGAAAUUUGGAGUCAAUGACUUCGAAAAAAAAUGGAAGUCGGUCGUUGAAUCGAGGCGCAACAAGAAAACGUAUAUGGUUUACUGUGACGUAGUGGAUGCAUUCGGCUCCAUCAUACAAGAGUUAUUAUUCGAAAUGGUGAGAUGGCUCUCCAAAGAUUUACCAGAAAAACUGACGUUGAAAAUGUAUGCUGUUAAAAGCCGCCAGCAGACGAGGAUUACUACCUGUUACAAACAGUAUUGUUGUCAUCCUGACUUGGCGUUGCCAUUCGCACCUGGCACGUUCUACUCAGUCAGUGGCGGUAGUUCGUGGGUACGAAAGAGUAUGUUGAUUGAAAACAUAUCGAAAUGCAUUUUCGAACAGUUGAUAAAAAUCAAAGGAAAAACGUACACUUUACGAAAAGGGGUCGCUCAAGGUGCAGUGCUGUCGCCAAUAUUAUCAGAUAUCUACUACAGUUUUAUUCUGAACGAGGAGUUGGCCGUUUUUUCGCGAGAAGGAGAACUUCUGAAAUACGUGGAUGAUAUUCUUUAUUUAACCGACAAUGAGGAUUUUGCAAAACAGUUUCUAGAGGUAACGAAACGCGGAUUACCGCGAUAUAAUUGUUAUUUCAAACAAGCAAAAACGCAAACUAAUGUGCCUUACGAUGGUCGCGCGGCCGCAGACAGUAUCCUCUACAUCGGUUACAAGAUUGACUGCUUGUCUUUGGGAUUGGAACCCAAUUACACUGAAAUAAAGUUCACUUAUUCAAUGUAUUCAAAGAAAAUGUCGGAUCCUAUACAAAUUUUAGAUAGCCGACUAAAAAAUUUUACAGUAUUGAAAUUAAGGAAGAUUGUCCUUCAGGACACAAUUAAGAAACAAAAUAUAUUAUUUUCGAUAUUGGAACGGUCAUUUUCAGUGCAAGCAAAACGUGCUCGGUAUCUGCUUAUCCAACUGUUUGGUAGCCGUGUACAGGAGAACGUUACAACUAUAUUUGACAUUAUAAAAUAUACUAAUGAGCUGAUAGCGAGAUUUGUGAUAAGGACCUUAGACCCUGAUCAAAAAUAUACAGUGCACGACAUAUUGACCUGGCAUUUUCAUAUUAUGAUAGGUCUCUGGACUUCGUACAUAGACACUUUUAAGAGGUCUAAAGUUUUACGACAGUGUUUUAUUAAAUGGUUCCAGCAACAAAAAAGGAAGUGUGUUUGUGAAUGUGGACUUGAAUAAAUUUUGUUAUGGCCUCGUAUUACUGAUCUUUCUAUUUCUCUAUGUUCUUACUAUCGUAGUUUGUUAAUUUUUCUAUUUGUUUUCU